GUCAACUUGACAACUUUUACUUGUCAUUUCACUUUGCAUUUUUCAUUUCAAUUUUAUCAAGUUCUGGCUGAUAUUGAAUACACAUUUAAAAUUAAUAUGUUGUAAUAUGUGGGAUGCUUUUCUGGAUCGUAGCAGCCAGUCAUGUCACGUCGGAUUCAACAAUUCCAGAUCUCAUUACAAGAAAAAGAACGACCUGCUAUCAGUUGAAUAUCUAAAUUACAUUCAUAAAGAUAUACUCAGUUAUUUGGAUCACUAUCCUAUGAAAAAUUCGAAAGUGAAACCCAAGAAGAUAACUCCCAGAACGAAUCAGGAACAGAAAAAAUCAGUAAAACCAGUACCUGCCUACUUUAGGGUGAAUGUAGAAGCUCAAGACCUCAAAAGACCAACUCCUGUUCCUCUCUGCAAAGCUAGUAAAAAUUGCAAAUGUGGACCGAAAUGUAAAAAUACUGCAGGAUUGGAAAAACUUAAAAAGGAAAUCACAACAAUUUUGUAUAAAAAUGAACCUUCAAAAAGAGAGGAACAGCAAUCAACAAAAUCCUCUACAGUUUCGAAAACACUACCGACAAAUGUUAAACCCUCUCCACAUAUACCUGAACGUAUUGAAGUGAGACCUCUCAAAAGCAUUCUUCAGGGCACUAUCAAAAAGGAAACUGACUCACAAAAACCACCAGAAAUUGUAGAUGAUUCGCUUAUAUUGGUAGACACUUUGGAAUUACAUACUGGACCAUCACACGGAACGAAACAAACGGAGAAAGAUCCCUGCUCCAAUCAACAGGAGAAAAGUUCAGAGCAGAAUUUGGAAACUCGAGGUGAUUUUCUCAGACAUAUGCCUUACAGAAUAUACAAGUAUGGUGACAAAGGAUCUGGCACUCGCACAAGAAGCGGAGAAUCUCAAGAUUUUUAUGAUUUACGAGAUGAAUGUAUUGAACAAGGAACUCUAUUUGAAGAUCCCGAAUUUCCUGCUACUGAUUCAUCUCUAUUCUUCAGCCAACGACCCGAUAGAUACUAUGAAUGGAAAAGACCUGGCGAAAUCGUAGAUGAUCCACAGUUUUUUGUAGAAGGGUUUUCAAGGUUCGAUGUACAGCAAGGAGAAUUGGGUGACUGUUGGUUAUUGGCCGCCGCCGCCAACUUGACAUUAUAUAGACGUCUGUUCUUCCAAAUUGUGCCCGAUGAUCAAGGUUUCGAUGAAAAGUACGCCGGCAUAUUCCAUUUCAGAUUUUGGCAGUAUGGAAAAUGGAUAGAUGUAGUAAUAGACGAUAGAUUACCUACAUACAGAGGACAACUGAUAUUUUUACAUUCUACUGAAGACAAUGAAUUUUGGAGUGCCUUACUAGAAAAAGCCUAUGCUAAAUUACAUGGAUCCUAUGAAGCUCUGAAAGGUGGUUCUACCUGUGAAGCUAUGGAAGAUUUCACUGGUGGAGUUACUGAAAUGUACGAAAUGGAAGCUAGUCCACCAAAUCUAUUUCAAAUAAUAGUGAAAGCUUAUGAGAGAUCAUCUUUGAUGGGGUGUUCAAUUGAGCCCGAUCCUAAUAUAACUGAAGCUCAAACUCCCGAAGGUCUCAUUAGAGGACACGCUUACAGCAUAACCAGGGUACAGUAUGUGGAUAUUCAAACACCAAAUGUAACAGGGAAAAUUCCUUUACUGAGGCUCCGUAAUCCUUGGGGAAAUGAAUCAGAAUGGAAUGGAGCAUGGAGUGACGGUGCUCCAGAAUGGAGAUUCAUAUCUGAAUCUGAAAAAGAAGAGUUGGGUCUUACAUUCGACAAUGAUGGUGAAUUUUGGAUGUCAUUUAAAGACUUCCAGAAGCACUUCAGCAGAUUAGAGAUUUGCAACUUGAACCCAGAUUCACUGUCUGAUGAGGAACUAAGAGAAGGGCAUAAGAAAAAAUGGGAAAUGUCAGUUUUUGAAGGUGAAUGGGUACGAGGUGUCACAGCUGGUGGGUGCAGAAACUUUUUAGAAUCUUUUUGGCACAAUCCACAAUAUCGAAUAACUUUAACUGAAGUAGAUGAAGGUGAUGAUGAUGGAAAUUGUACCAUGAUUGUGGCUCUUAUGCAGAAAAAUAGAAGACUAAUUCGUAAAGCUGGUGUAGAUCUGCUCACAGUAGGAUUUGCCAUUUACCAUUUGCCUUAUCCAGAUAGGGUACCCAAACCUCUUGACCUUAAUUUCUUCAAAUACAACGCUUCCGUGGCACGUUCGCCGUCUUUCAUUAACCUAAGAGAGGUUAGCUGUCGUUUCAAGCUACCUCCUGGAACAUACUGCAUAGUUCCUUCCACAUUCGAUCCCAACGAAGAAGGAGAAUUUCUGCUCAGAGUCUUCACCGAAAACGAGAAUGUUAUGGAGGAAAAUGAUGAACAAAUAGGCUAUGGGGAAAAGGAUUUGAAAGUUACACAAGAACCCACCACAGAGGAACAAAUGGAGACAGACAAAAUUUAUGAAGCUUUCUUGAAGUUAGCUGGUGAAGAUCAAGAAGUUGAUUGGAUUGAACUCAAAAAUAUUUUAGAUUUCUCUUUAAAAACAGAACUGAUUCAAAUAAAGGACAUCGGUAAACCAAACCACAAGCCUGAGGUGAAUGGAGCAAAUGUAGCUCCACCAAUCCGAAUUCAAGAAGGGGGUAAAAAUGUAUUCACAAUUCUUGUGGGCCUAUUGUGUGGUACAUUGUGCAAAGGUACAAUACCAGAACAAACUACCUCACAGGGCAUAUUUUCUGAAAUGAAAUUUGAGGGAUUUUCGAAAGAUAUUUGCCGAAGUAUGGUUGCCAUGUUGGAUACUGAUCGAUCCGGAAAAUUGGGUUAUCAAGAGUUCAAGAAUUUGUGGUCUUCAAUCCUACAGUGGAAGAAUGUUUGGGAAAUGUAUGACACAGACAAAUCUGGUACAUUUAGUGGAUUUGAACUGAGAGAAGCCUUACAUUCUGCUGGCUAUCGAUUGAACAACAAAGUUCUUAAUGUACUUAUGCACAGAUAUGGAAGUAAACGAGGUCAAAUCAACUUCGAUGAUUUCAUGAUGUGUUCUGUCAAGUUGAAAACAGUGAUCGAUAUAUUCAAAGAAAAAGAUCCUUCACUAACAAACUCUGCUACAUUUUCAAUGGAGGAGUGGCUGGAAAAUACUCUUUAUGCCUAAAUAUUUUUAUGAACAUAAUCUUCUUGGAAUUGUACUACUCAUUUUGCCAAUGUGAGAUUAUUUAAGAUUCAAUCGGUACCUAUUAUAAAUACGAUACUCUUA